AUGGACAAAAGGUUGAAGUUGUUGAUCAAUACUUACGAGUUAGACCCUGGUACUUUGCCUCUAAACCACCAAUCAAACGAUCGAGAGACUUUUGCCCCACAGCCACUUCCAAAAUCAACCAAUUGCAUGUUUGAUUCACACAAGAGCAACAGCACAAACAAUAGUUGCAAAUAUGUACCACCACAUAGAGCUAGGUCCAGGAAGCCAGGAAACAAGCGUAAUGGGACCAAGAAUGAUGCAAAGAUGACAGAAGAUGAAAAAAUGGCGAAAAGACGAGAGAGGUUUAGCGUCAAAAAGAACGACAACAAUAAGCAAUCUCACAUUUACGGUCUUCUAAGUAGGGGUGAGGAUACGCGUUUGAAGGAGUCAGAGACUCUACGGGAGGAGUAUUUUCUUGUAAUUUUACACCAGUUUAUUACAUAUACCUCAACCAAUACUUCAAAAACAUUAUCUGAAGCAUUCAAGAAAAUCAAGGAUCUGGAUCCCAAGGAUAUUGAAAGUGCACAAUCCUUAAAACCCGACAAGGAGAUUGAGACAAAAGCAGUUACUAUGGAAUCGUUGUCAAUGUCACUAAGGAAGUUGCGAGAAAGUUUGCUACACUUGAGCCCUUCACCUUUCCACAAGAAGGUGUUUUUAUUUUCAACACGGAUCUCCUAUUGCUGUGGCCAGUAUCAGACGUACAUUCCCAGCAUCAAUUACUUGUUACUGCACAAAGAUGAUUUGGUUCUAUCCAAGCUGGAAGUUGAGGAAGUUGCCGUGAUUUUGGCAUUGCAUCUAACCCAUUUCAAUAAUGAUAUGCCUCAAGCUAUUCAAGCUUACUUUCGAUAUAUACCAAAUCGCAAGGAUAUAUUGCAAAUAAUACAGGCAUGGAUACAGAAAGAUUACUACACUUGGAUCCGAAUAUACAAUCUGGUUGAAAGCUUUGCAGUAAAGUCGAUGAUGAAACUAGGAUUACCUAAAAUGAUAAACCAAAUGAUCAAAAGUUUAAGUUCAAGCUACUUCAGUAUGAAGAAGUCGGUAAUUCAAAGUGAAUUGCUUCCAGAUGAUUUGGAGUAUGACGAUUUAGUGACAGUUUACAAGGUGAAUUGGACCGUUGAUGAUGCAGGGUUGGUAACUAUAAGAAAAAGACAAAGCAGGAAAGGUAGAUAG